AUGAGCACUUCCUUCUCCCAUCACAGGACAGAGGGAGGCUUUAUUUAUACCUGUGGUGGGACUAUAAAAGGACGAAAUGGGACCAUAGAAAGUCCUGGCUUUCCACAUGGAUAUCCAAAUGGUGCAAAUUGUACAUGGGUAAUAGUAGCAGAAGAACGAAACAGAAUACAGAUUACCUUUCAAUCAUUUGCUAUAGAGGAAGAGUAUGACUUUUUAUCAUUGUAUGAUGGUCAUCCACAUCCUGCAAAUUUCAGGACAAGGCUAACAGGAUUCCAAAUUCCACCUCCUGUAACAAGUACAGGAGCUGUGUUUUCCCUGCGACUCACAAGCGAUUUUGCUGUAAGCGCUCAUGGGUUUAAAGUUUAUUAUGAAGAAUUACAAAGCAGUUCUUGUGGAAAUCCUGGUGUUCCACCGAAAGGUAUUCUUUAUGGGAUGAAGUUUGACGUUGGUGAUACGAUCCGGUACAGCUGUGUAACUGGAUAUGUUCUGGAUGGGCACAGUCAGUUAACAUGCAUUACCAACACUGCCAGUGCCGCUGUUUGGGAUUUUCCUGUUCCAAUUUGUAGAGCUGAGAACACAUGUGGUGGUACCCUAAGAGGUUCCAGUGGGAUCAUUUCAAGCCCCAAUUUCCCCAGUGAAUAUUACAAUAGUGCGGACUGUACAUGGACCAUUCUUGCAGACCCAGGAGACACCAUCUCCAUCAUUUUUACAGACUUCCAGAUGGAAGAGAAAUACGACUACUUGGAAGUGGAAGGAUCUGAACCUCCUACAAUAUGGUUGUCAGGAAUGAAUACACCUUCUCCUAUCAUAAGCAACAAGAACUGGCUGAGGCUGCAUUUUGUAACCGAUAGCAACCAUCGAUACAGGGGAUUUAAUGCACAGUACCAAGUGAAAAGGUCCGUAGAUUUUAAAUCUAGAGGAGUUAAAUUAUUCCCAGGCAAAGACAACAGCAACAAGUUUUCUAUCUGUGCAAGAACAUUGUAG